AUGUCCACUUCAGCCAGCCAUCGACGACUAGCCAUCCUCAGCCACCAUCUCGCCCCACCACCAUCAUCCAGCCGCCCUGCCUACUCCUCCAGACCUUCCCCGCCGACUCCCCAACAGCCCUCCGUGCUCACUAAAACGGAUGGAAACCUGCGCUCCUUGACUCUCAACAGACCCGAGGCUUUGAAUGCACUCAACAUGGAAAUGAUCCAAGCCAUCGCCGCCGAACUUACCAAAUGGGAGAACAGCGAGCCCGCAAAGAUGGUGAUUCUCAAGGGCGUCGGAAGGGCUUUCUGUGCGGGCGGCGAUGUGGUCUCGUUGGUCAAAUCAGUCGCCUCGGAAGACUCCGCACAGCGGAAAACCCCGGUGGACUUCUUCCGCGCCGAAUACACACUCGACUCGUUCAUUGCAAAGAUGUCCACGCCAGUCGUUUGCUUCUUGGACGGAAUUACAAUGGGUGGAGGGAUGGGUUUGAGUAUGCAUACUCCCUUCCGUAUCGCCACCGAAAAGACCCGGGUGGCCAUGCCAGAAACUGCAAUCGGCCUGUUUCCGGACGUCGGGGCUAGCUUUUUCCUUCCAAGACUGGAUGGUGAAUUGGGUACCUAUCUCGGCCUGACCGGUACAAGUUUAUAUGGAUGGGGAGCCUUCCAGGCUGGAAUAGCGUCCCAUUACGUGCCAUCGAGCUCGUUAGCAGCUCUCGAGGACCGACUCUCGGCCUUAUCAGCAGAUGCGACACACGACCGAAUCAACGAUGCGAUCAAUGAGUUCGCGGCGGAUCCGGAGGAGUCGAGCAGUUCGAGCCCCGCGUUCGAUCUUCAGGGCACUAAACGGCAAGCCAUUGACCAUUGUUUCGGCCAGAACACUGUCGAGAAGAUCGUCGAACAGUUAGAGGCCGUCAGAGACGGGCAUCUGUUCAGCGAGGACCCGGCCCUGAAAUCGUGGGCCGAACAGACUAUCGACUUGAUCCUCAUCAGAAGCCCAUCGAGUUGUAAGAUCACCCUGAUGGCUCUCAGAGAGGGUAAGAAAAUGUCGAUCGAUGAGUGCUUUGCGAUGGAGAUGAGAAUGGCUGCUACGUGUUGCGAUGUUCAAACCCACCCAGACUUUGUGACGGGAGUGACGCAUCUGUUGGUCAACAAACAGAAGAGUCGACCGGCGUGGUCGCCCUCGGAGUUAAGCGAAGUCAAGCUCCCAGAGAUCACGGCGCAGUAUUUCUCGUCCCAGCCGGCGUCGAGCACGCACGUAGUCCGUCUGGAUAGUCUAUCCCCGACCCGGAUCCAGUCUUACCACGACUAUCCGUACGCAAACUACGGCCUGCCCUCGGAAGAGACGAUCAAGAAUCUGGUGAUCGGGAACGUCAAGGGUACCAGCGGCCAUCUCGCCAUCACCGCGCCCGAACUGCACGAGAUGGUCUCCCAGAAAUGGAACCAUAAGGUCGGCGUCGCCCAGAAACUUGACGAUAUCCUUGCCAGACGGACGACUCGGAAAGGUCAGAAUGAGGGCUUUGUUCUCAAGUGGCAGUAUUGA